AAUUGUUCUAGAACAUUAUUAAUCUAUUAAGUGCCGCCCCUCAUCCCUACCUAGCUAACUACCUAUGUACACUAUUCACCUCAAUCGAACCAUUGCUAACCUUUUAUAAUCUCUAAUUUGGGGGAACGUAGAGAUUAUCCUCGUACCUGUUAUGUUGAUUCAUCUUGACCAUCCCCGUACCCGGUUACGGUAAUUGAGGGAUAAGUUGACGCACACGAUAUCUCACCCCUCACCCCUCCAGCUCCACAGGACCCUGAAAAUCUUGAAGAUCGAUAUUGGAGAUCAUAUUAACCUAACCUAGUAUUGUACUGUCAACGUAGGAUCCUGUGUAAUGGACCCUCUCAUCGCCUCUGAGCUCGCUAAGAGCGCUGAUGGCAUUCCUUUCCGCGCCAAGGAAAAUCACGUCCACAGCACUUGGGCGAAAACUUUCCUGUCGCGGCCAGAACUCUACUUCCAGCCGGAGACAUUACCUGAGAUUGAAAAGAUAGUGAAACUUGCGCACAAAUGUCGUCGCCGUCUCACUACUGCUGGUUGCGGCCAUUCGCCCAGCUCGCUAACUUGCACCUCGUCCUGGCUAGUAAAUCUCGACAAGUAUAAUCGCAUACUGUCCGUAGAUACGGAUACCGGCGUCGUGGUCAUGCAAUCGGGAAUAAGGCUGUAUGCGCUUUGCGAGGAGCUUGAGAAGCACGGUCUUGCUAUGCCAAACCUUGGUAGUAUCAACCAGCAGUCCAUCGCCGGCGCUAUUUCCACAGGUACUCACGGGUCAAGCCUUAAGCAUGGUCUGAUGUCUGAGGACAUCCUAUCUUUGCGCGUAACCGUCGCAGAUGGUACCACCAAAUUCUGCUCCUCCGAGGACGACCCUGAGCUAUUUCGGGCAUCCCUCCUCUCUUUAGGUGCACUCGGCAUCAUAACUGAGGUUACUUUCCGAGCCGUACCCGAAUUCACCCUACGGUGGAAACAGGUUAUUGAUGCUGACGUGAAGAUGUUUGACGCGUGGGAAAGGGAUCUUUGGACACAGACCGAGUUCGUCAGGGUUUGGUGGUACCCGUAUACCCGGCGCGCAGUAGUGUGGACUGCGGAGAAGACGGAUGAACCGCUGAUAGAUCCGAAAGUAUCAUACUAUGACAACACCCUAGGCUACUACGUCUAUCACAACUUGCUCUAUGCCUCGCAGUUUUUUCCGCGAGUUCUCCCCUGGAUCGAGUGGUUCGUUUUCGGCAUGCAGUACGGGUUCCGGAACGGCACGACAAGCAGUGCCGUCCAACCCAGCCGCAAGGCACUGUUGAUGAACUGCCUAUAUUCGCAGUUUGUGAAUGAGUGGGCUAUUCCUCUCCAUAAAGGUCCCGAGGCUCUUCGACGAUUGAGCAGCUGGCUCAAUCAGCUUCCCCCCUCGGAUCCGGACUACGUACCCCAUAACAUACCCUUCUCAGCUGAGGGACUCUACGUCCAUGCGCCUGUCGAAGUGCGAGUCUCCAACACGUCGCCUUCUAACCCGAAGUCUUUAAUGCCGAACAGCAGGCCAUAUCUCGACCCGACAGUCGAGGACAGCCCAACGCUAUAUCUCAACGCCACCCUCUACAGGCCUUAUCAUAGCGACCCGCCGUGUCGGGCUCGGUACUACGAGGCUUUCGAGUGGCUAAUGCGGGAUCUAGGCGGGCGACCGCACUGGGCGAAGAACUUCGAGACAGAAGGUGCAGAGAUCGAAAGUAUGUAUGGCAGCAGUUUGCGUCAGUGGCGAAAGGUUCGGGAAAGCGUAGAUCCCGAUGGCCUGUUUGUCGGCGCAUGGCAUCGACGAUUCGUACUCGAGAGUGGACCCCUUCUCCCGCUUGAGGAGGUAGAAAUUAAACGAGAGAGAAGGAGUCGUGCGGGCGGUGUGAUAUUCGAAGGUGUAGUUGGGAGCGCCCGGUAGCCAUUGAUUUCCGGUUGGUUUGGGUUUCUAUUCAUGUUCUUGGUCGUCUGGGGAUGUAGAUUUGAUGACCAAUAUCGAUGCAAAUUCCCAGUUUAUUUAUACAACCCACAAUGACCUUUUUGAGCCUACAUAUGACACAGGCUUGAGAUUAGGCUCUGCAUAAAACCACGGAGUAGUAAAACUAUAUAGACUCUCUUUAUAUCUCUUAUAGAAGGUUAUCACCUUAGGCUGUGAGCUCCUGUCACGUACCUACCUGUAAUUAUAAGGAGGAGCGAUACCCAUCCGUUGCAGGAGCCAAGUUGAAUGUAAAGAAGCCGCGAAUGCUUCCAUGUAUUCAAGUAGCUUCAAACGUAAAGCUUAUAUCAUAC